UUUCUCCUCAACGUCCAAACCGAUGAAGCCGUCGAUGCCGCCGAUUCUGCUGUCGGAAGGUCGCAAGGAAGAGCUCUUGGCCGAGAUCGACCCGAUGAUUCAACCCCUUCUCCAGUCCAUGGUCCCAAGUGGCGACAAGUGGGAAAUGAACUUUGUCCGCAAUGGCGUGACGUGCUACGACAGUUUGCGUGCAGACCCGUACUACCGCCUCUGUCUUUCCACGGCAGUUGUGCGGUCGUCUUUGGAUGCUGCCAUGAGCGCACUGGCCACGGACACGACGUCGUCACUCUUACGCGCCGAGAACGAAAGCCUCGGCGACCGUGUCUCGAACGCGUCCGUGAUCUGCCCCCUCCGUCCUCGCACUCGAAAGUCACAGCAGCACUACGUUGGCGUCAAAUGGGUAUCGUACAGCAUCAACAAUUACCAACAGUUCGACAUGGUGUUUUGCGAUGCAGUCGGUGUCGGUGUGUCGCCCUCCUCGGGGCGCAGGUUUGGGUAUCGCAUUAUCCGAUCCAUUUCGAUCCCGGAAUGUCCUACUUUGUCGCCCAUGCCGCGCGGACAUGUUGUCUUCAACGUCAUCAAGUUUAAUGAAACGGCUGAAGCCAAUGUGCUGGACAUGCAGGUCUCGAUCAACCUCCUCUGCGAUGAUGUUGCGUCGCUCUCUGGCAUCUUCGACCCUUACCCACAGACGACGCGCCUCCGCGUGUACAUUGAGUCGUACUUCCGGAAAGGGUUCACCCCGCCGCCGCGCAAGAGUACCCUUCUAAUCCCACCGCUUUCGCUCAUGGGAGGCCGCAGCAGCAACGUGUUCAUUGACCAACCGAAGAAAGCUUCACAUUGUAACCUGUGCCGAAAGAAGUUUCACUGGUUUCGCCGUCGCUACGGAUGCAGCGAAUGUGGCAACGUCGUGUGCAGUUCGUGCACGGAGCAGUUCAGGGUUGGCGCUAUCCGACGCAAGGUGUGCCUCGUUUGCCGAUGCACUACCACCGCCGAUGCAACAGCCCAUCAUUCAGUUGCCCGUUCGCCGACCUCCAUGCCGCAUUACGCGCCGGUGUCGUACCCAAUGUACGACUCAGAGCCGUCCCCUAUCUACGACAUUCGCACGAGUCUCUGGUCGCCACGAUCCCCGCGCCAUUCGCAGUUCGAUCGACCGUCGUUGUCGGAAAACUUGGGACGGUCGUCAUUCCAAGUGUCGCCAUCGAUGCACAAAAUGUUCACCUCGUCCCGUGGGGCAGGCGACAUGAAGUUUGAUCGUACGGUUGGACUUCCAUCGACCCCCUUGAAGACGCACUUCAAACCGUUUGAAGACAAAGUCCUCGUGGAUCAAAUCAACCGACAGAGCGUCCAGAGCACCCCUGUCCAGUCCCUGCAGCAGUGGAAUCCUGUCGACCUCACUGCACGGAAUUCCAUGUCUGGCCAGCGCGAUUCGUUCACGUGUAAACUGCGGAAGUCCUUGUCGGCAGGGUUCAGUUAGUAUUGGUAGGAGGGUCGUCGUGGGUGGUGUAAUAUAUGAGCUUGAACGAGUUCACACCUGUUGAUCUUGCCUCCCCCGACCAGCAACUCGACGUUGUGCUGUCUCCUUCGCUGUCGGAUAGUGUCUGCUGACGAUACUCCCUCAAGCAAAGGUACAUCGUGAUGAAGCAAGCAUGUCAUUGCGCGUCCAUGUUCCUCCAUCCCACGGCGCAGUUCUUCGAAC